AUGCUGCGACUUUGGGGAAAUUAUUUUCGAAUCAUCAUAGUGCUCAUGAGUUUUUUGUGCUUGGUUUCUGUAUGCUCGAAUUAUAUAAUCAUAAAUUUCACAUUCAUUUGUAUGAAGGACGAUUUCAGUGUAACGAUUGAUGAUAGGAAUGGGACUCUCAAAAGCAUCUAUGACUACAGUCCUACUGAAAAGAAGUACAUUUUAUGGGCAGUCGCGUUUGGAACCAUGAUCGGAACGUUUCCCAUUAAUUUUCUCUAUGUUAGAUAUGGAGCCAGAAUUCCAUUCUUCUCGGCUGGAGUUUUAUCAGCAAUCACAACGGCCUUGACACCAUGGGCUGCAGGACAGUCCAUGUGGAUUUUUGUGGCGUUGAGAUUUAUGCAGGGAGUCGCUUAUUCUGCAGAUUUCGCUGCCAUCGGAAUCGUCAUCUCAAAAUGGGCGCCUCUAAACGAAACUGCGAUUUUCAUAGCUACUCUGACAUCUUUCACCUCCAUUGCUUCAAUUAUAACAAAUGGUGUCACUGGACUGAUCUGUGACAGUGCACUUGGCUGGAAAUGGAGUUUCUAUCUGCAUGCAGGUGCUUGCUUCUUUGUUUUUACAAUUUGGGUUCUGAUCUACAAAGACGAUCCGACAUUCCACACAUGUGUCAGUGUUAGAGAACUCGGGAAAAUCCAGAAAAACAAAUCAGAGGCUCAUAUCAAGGAUGGAAUGAAGGUUCCGUACAAGGAAAUAUUCACCAGUCCAGUUGUGCUUACAGUAUGGCUAUGUGCAUUUACGGAGCUCUCAACAUUGAUUCUAAUUGCCACGUAUGCUCCAAUUUAUUUCAGAAGUGUGCUGAAAUUUGAUAUUAAAAUAAUUGGAUUCUAUCUUGGAAUCAUGACCGCAAUCCACCUCCCAUUCAGAUUUGUUUGCGCAUUUUUGAGUGAUAAAAUGAGUUGUAUCUCUGAAAUCGCAAAGAUCCACAUCUUCAACACUUUGGCAGUUGGAUUCGUUGGAAUAUCUUUCAUAGUUUUUGGAUAUAUUCCAGCCGAACACAAUAUCUCUGCUGUGGUAUGCUUGGCGAUUCUAGAAUGUUUCAUCAGUUUCAAUAGUGGAGGAUUUUAUAAAUGUGGAACGUUGCAUUCAAGACAAUUCGCCUCUACCGUAAUCUCGGCUAUCCAAUUUACCAAGUGUAUUUCUCUAUUCUCCGGUCCCGCUCUUGUCGCAUUUUUUGUCUCCGACGAAUCGAGUCAAACCCAAUGGAGUCAUGUAUUCAUGACACUUGCUGGAUGCUCAUUCUUUGCCAACAUUCUGUCCUUCAUAUUUUUCACCGAUAAACCAGCAAAAUGGACAGAAUACGAUGGAAGUGUUGUGAAAUAUUCAAAAAAGGAAGAGGAUACGCUCAAAAGCGCCUAUGACUUCAACCAGACUCAAAAAACCUAUAUUAAUUGGGCUGUAGGAUUUGGCACUUUUCUUGGAACAUUUCCCAUGAACUACCUUUUUGUUCGAAUUGGAGCCAGAAUCCCUUUUUUCUCCGCUGGGUUUCUGUCAGCAGUUGCUACUGGGUUAACACCUUUUGUCGCCGGACAAUCAAUGUGGAUUUUUGUGGCGUUGAGGUUUUUACAGGGAGUCGCCUAUUCAGCGGAUUUCGCCACCAUUGGAAUCGUCAUUUCUAAAUGGGCACCUCUUAACGAGACUGCUAUUUUCAUAGCAAUUCUUACUUCGUUCACUUCUAUUUCUUCAAUUAUUACCAGUGGAGUGAGCGGAGUGCUAUGCGCCAGUAGCACUUUUGGCUGGAAAUGGAGCUUCUACCUUCACGCUGUUUCUGGAUUUAUCCUCUUUAUUAUCUGGUUUUUUCAAUACAAAGAUGAUCCAACACUACACAAAAGUGUCAGCUCAAAAGAGCUCUUCAAAAUUCAAAAGAACAAAUCGGAAGCCCAUAUAAAGGAUAACAAAAUAGUUCCAUAUUUCAAGAUCUUCACAAGUCCAGUUAUUCUGACAGUCUGGUUUUGUGCAUUCACAGAAUUGUCUACUUUUAUUUUGAUUUCUCAAUAUGCACCUGCUUAUUUCCGAGAAGUUUUGGGAUUUGAUAUUGUCACAAUUGGACUACUGAACGGAAUCAUGACAGGAAUUCACAUCCCAUUCCGAUUUGUAUUCAUCCCAGCGAAGCAUAACAUAAUGGCAGUUGUUUGUUUGGGGAUUUUGGAAUGUUUUAUGAGUUUCAAUAGUGGAGGAUUCUAUAAAUGUGCAACUCUGCAUGCGAGACAAUUCUCAUCUACCGUAAUUUCGGCAAUUCAAUUCUCAAAAUGCAUUGCUUUGAUCACCGGACCAGCUCUUGUCAACUUGUUUGUCUCUGAUGAAUCAAACCAAUCUCAAUGGAGUCAUGUCUUCAUGACACUUUCUGCGACUACUUUUUUGGCCAAUAUUCUUUCAUUCGUUUAUUUCACGGAUCAACCAGCAGAGUGGACCGAAGAAUCAAAGUAUUCGAAGAAGGAGCAGGAUGUUAAUUGUUAG